AUGGUGUAUAGAACAGGGCUUCUACUUCAUUCUAGGCUGAUGGCGCGAGCGACCUCUUCUGGCUUUCGUCGCGCCUUCUCGAGCUCGUCAGCCGUCCAGUCCUGUUGUUCGGGCAAGAAGUCAGCGUUAAAAAAUCCUGAUUCUAUAGCUGACAGCAAUGGGCCGGCAAUCAGAGCUUCUCAGCCAAUCCAUUCAGCUUGGAAAAUGGGGGUUUGGACUAAUAGGCCGGCGUGGAAGCGUGCCGGUCUCAAUACUCUGCGCUGUCUCAUGGGCUGCACCGUCGGCGAUUUCUCUGCCCUAUGGAUGCUUCAGUCCUACUGCCCAGAGCUCGGCAUGGGAAAUAUCAUGAUGGCCUCCAUGGCAAGCGGCAUCACGACUUCAAUCAUACUCGAAACAAUUCUUCUUCGGCGCGGUGCCGACCAGCUUUCGUGGCCCAUGGCGGCACGCACUGCGAUGGGCAUGAGUAUGACUUCCAUGGUGGCUAUGGAGUUGGCCGAGAACAUGGUGGACUAUCAUUUGACGGGGGGUCAGGUCAACUUCGAGGAUCCGCAGUUUUGGAUAGCGGCGGGUUUAUCGAUCGGAGCCGGGUUUCUAGCCCCAUUACCGUACAACUAUUUACGUCUGCGAAAGUACGGACGGGCGUGUCAUUGA